AUGCCGGCCUACAGUGAUAUCCUCACUGCUCAUCAGCGAGAAGCUCUGGAUCGGUUGAUUUGUGGAGACAUGCAUGAUCUUGACCCGUGCAUUGGCGACGUGAGUUGUCAGAUGCGUGUGCCCUUCAUCCUCGACGCCUACUGGAAAGUUCAUUCUCGACUGCGCGAGAGAGGGCUACUGGAUUGCAUCUAUGAAGCAAUCAAACAACCCAACGGCGGCCAACAAGCGGCAAGACACAACGUCGAUGGGACUGUGGAAGGCCAGCUUGCAGCCUUGAGAGCCUGGCGACAGUAUGACGAUACUGUCACGGAUAUUCGUCAACUCCUCGGCGAAAAGACCAUCGAGCUGCUCGGGUUGUGCUAUUCACUUACCUUUUCCAACGCUCUCUCUUACGAUGAAUUUGGUACCUGCUUCUACUUUGUCUACUUGGGAAGUUUUGGGCCUCCCUCUCAUCAUCACGACAGCCACAGAAAGCUUGGUCCCGACAACCAGCUACCUAUACUUCGUCAGAAGCUGGCAAGCGGUAUCGUGGCGUAUUUUCAUGACGUCGUGGGGAGGCUUGUCGCGGCUAGUACACAUACAACCCGUGAAGUGAAGCAAGGGGACUUUAUAAACUGCAUUGAACAGCAACUCUAUGAAGCAGUCCACCGGCUGUCAUCCAGAAUCGAACAGCAAUAUCCACAUGCGGACAGCAUUCCAUUAGUUGCCUGUCAACCACAGAUGAGAGUGGUUCUAUUGCACGAAUUUGCUUGCAAGAGGCCAAUGGUUGUGACUGUCCGCCGUCUCAAAAUUGUCAAUUGCUCCGUCAAGGGACUCAUCUACACCCUCAGCGAUACACGCUGCUUGUACUACACACCCAGCGAGGAAACAGGCGUUUUUGAGCUUGUCAACAGCGUUGAUAACAAAUUUCGCAAUAUUCCUUGCUUAUCUUUUAAUUGCUGGAGCACAUAUCUCGACUCGCAGCCGGGACGCGGUUUGGAUUCGAGCAGUGACGCUGAGUACUUCCACGCCUUGGCUCAAAGCGACAUUUCGUGGCUUAUUGUUGCUUAUUCAAAUGUGCAUCCGCCGUUCGCAAGCAAGUCUGACGCCAAUGGUGAUGAUCUGCGUUCUACGUACGCAAAUAUUUGCGGAGCAGAGGUCAGAAGUUUCGACUACACCCGCGAGCGAUGUCAUGGAUUUGACCUGCAAAGGCAACGACUUGAGGAAAAACGGCCAACGUUGUACGAGGAACUGGUCAUGGCGGUUGACUUAGGACAGAGACAUAACUUUGCGAACGCAAGGCUCCUACCCAUGGGCGCGAGAUUCAGAAACUGCUAUGUGCGAAUUGGACACGCUGUGGAUUUUGCAGUAGAGCACGUAAAUGUCUCGACACUUGGGCGAGCCGAAUCAUUUUGCAUGAGUCUGAGAAGUCGCCAUGCAAGUGCUAGUCAGGCCGUCAUCGGACAGUUUGUUGUGAGAAUUGGUCGUUGUGGUGUUAGUUGCACGGAUGAAGGUUUCGCUCGCUCUCUUGGCGGCAUUAAGCACAAGAAUAAGAAGUGGGGCAGGUACGCGUCAAGAUAUGCCCAGAACUUGAUGCUCUGUAUAGAAUUCUCAAAUUCUACACUAUAG